GAGCGAACUCGGUUGGUUUGAGUGGAGCAUGCAGCACAGCCGUUGUUGCAAGCCAAGUGUUUUUGCAUCGGUCGUCGUAGUGACAGCGAGGGAAAAGUGGACGUGUCCCUUCGCGCCGUCCGACGGGCGUCCAGAAUGAGUUACCGCGUUUGACUAGAGACAAAAAUCGAGUCGGCGCCGCGCGGACGAGAUGCGAGGCCCCGAUCAACGGCACCGCUGAGAGAGAAGAGAGAGACCUUCGAGUGCAUCAACAAUAACACAGUGCCCAUUUUCCAGUAAAAAAAUUUAACAAAAAUGAAGGUGACGGUCUGUUUUGGCGGCGUCCGAGUGGUCGUGCCGUGCGGACACGGCGACAUGCUCGUUCGAGACCUGAUGCGACAGGCCACCCUCAGAUACCGGAAAGCCACUGGAAAGAGCGCAAGUUCGUGGCUUGCAGUGCACAGUCUUCAAUCCCAGUCCGACGGUGGCAUCCUUGACCCCGACGACCGCUUGCUGGACGUGGUGGACGACCGUGAGCAAAUCAUCGCCAACUUUGAGGACGACGACGCUCACGGCAGGCACAUCACAGGCGCACCCCCGCACGUUGGCGAUCGCGGUGAUGGAGCCAGCGCUGGCGGCUCCUCAGUUGGUUCCAGCAGCGCCGGGGGAAACAGCCCCGACCUCUUCAUUUCGCAUCUCCAUCCACCAUGUGGACAGACGGACAUAGAGGUAACAGGGGAGGAACAAGCAGGACUGACACCGCUGCAGGUGCGGCGCGGCUCCGAACCCGCCCUAAACCACCUGCCCGUAACGGCGCCGGCGGCGUCGCCAUGCGACGCCACGAAACGCUGGUCGGCGGCGCCCCUGAUGGAUGAGGAGCCGACGCCAAAAUCGGCGGUUGCGCGGAAGGCGGCCCAUCGCAAAGAGCAGCAGCCACGCCGCACCAAUGAAAACGGCCACCCCUGGCCUGAGGAAGAGGAGCUUUCAGCCACCCCGUCGCCGAAUUCGCAGUCGUCCGCCUUCUCGAAAUUUGUGCGGGACUCGAAUCGACUGUCGAUGCAGUUCUUGAGCGAUGGCGGCGCGAAGUGGAUGGAGGCUGCGGAGCGAAUAAACGCAGUUCCCUCGGCGCCACGCAAGGAGCCUCUUGGUGCAAAUAGCUCAAGUCCCAUCCACCACCCCGUCUCAGAUGCUGAGGAGGAGGAUGUAAUCGAAUAUGUUGUUUUGCGAAACGAAGAGGGGCCCUUGGGUAUCCAUGUGGUUCCCGAUUACGAUCGACUAGGCCAGGACCGUGGCCUUCUGGUGCAGGGCAUUGAGCCAGGCGGUCGAAUUGACCAGGAUGGCCGCCUCGGCUUCUGCGACCGUAUCAUCGAAAUCAACGGCCACAAUCUCCUUAACAUGCCAUUCCAGACCGUUCAAGAAAUCUUUAGGGACUCGUUGAAGAGUCCUGAGCUGAGACUGAGGGUAGUUAAGUACAAACAUAACUUGGAUGUGCGACGUCCACCUCCACCAGUCUUCCCCAACAAAGCGCCAUCCUCUGGUGCGGACAGUCAGCCCAAAAGAGCUCAUUCUGAAGAUCGUGAAUUGGUGAACAUGGUAGAGGGUGAAGAAAAAGGUCCCAAUGUCCACACUAAAGUGGCAACCGUGUCCCCUACGAAAAAAGUGCCUUCAUCUGCUCAUCCAGCUUCUAGAAACGCCAACAUAUUAAUUACUGCUAAUACUAGAAAAAUAGGCAAGAAAUUGGAAAUAGAGCUAGUGAAGGGACCACACGGUUUAGGCUUCAGUAUAACAACUAGAGAUAAUCCUGCAGGGGGCAACUGUCCAAUAUACAUCAAGAACAUAUUGCCGAAGGGGGCCGCUGUUGAGGAUGGUAGACUGAAACCUGGCGACCGACUUCUUGAGGUCAAUGGGGUUGCAAUGACAGGAAAAACUCAGUCUGAGGCUGUUGCUACUCUUCGAAAUGCGCCGCCUGGAAGCACAGUGUCUCUUGUGGUGUCGAGGCAAGACAAGGGGGACGAAAGCCCCAGGUUACCAAGAGAAUUGAGUCGAGCAGGCAACAAGUUUGACAGGGUCACAAAUAAUGACGACAACUGUCUGCAGCCGAUGCGAUCUGAUGAGCCACCAGAAAAGGCAAAUGACGACGGAAUUAUCUUCCCUUGGAAACACAGGGAGAUUCUCACAUUUGACAUUCCUGUUCAUGACACGGAAAAGGCUGGUUUAGGCGUGAGUGUUAAGGGCAAGACAUCGGCAGUGCCUGGUGGUUCUGUUGAUCUGGGUAUUUUUGUGAAAAGUGUCAUAAAUGGAGGUGCUGCUUCAAGAGAUGGCCGUCUCCGAACAAAUGACCAAUUAAUUGACAUAAAUGGUGUGUCUCUGAUAGCAUCAAAUAACUCUGACGCAAUGGAGACCCUUCGAAGGAACAUGCACCAGGAGGGUCCUAAGCCUGGAGUUAUUACGCUCACUGUUUCUCGCAGAGUUUCCUCGAUGCAGAAUCUCAACACUUCUACUGAGAGUGCCACCUCUGGAAGAGACUCGGCAAAUAGCCUGCUCAGUUCCUCGUCAGGUACCGAAGUUUUUGGCUACAGAGGCGACGGCGAAGGACCAACUCCUGAAAAUUCAUGUGCAAGUGAAACCUCCGAGAACACGGUAAUUUUCAUGCCCAAAGUAAACGGAGAUGUUCAGCGGGAUGUUCGACCUUUAGACAAGAAAAUCAUAAAUCCCAUGGACCCGUUGGCAAAUCGUAAUCCUGUAUUGGAUCGUCUUACCGGUAACGCAGGGCUGAGAAAUGAGAGUUACUACAGGGCUACUAUGGACUCAUCCUGGAAUGCUAAUCUCACUUCAAUGGGCAACAAAUUCAGCUCUCCGACCCUCCACUGCCCUAAUGGGGAAACUGUCUUGAUUGAAGAUGAAUACAUGACCCACCAAAUAAUUGCUCCAAACCCAAGGAGACCAGAAAAAUUCAGUAUUCCACCCCCAGAUAGGCAGGAACAAUAUCCCAAUCCCAAGAGUCCGCAUGAACCACAAACCCCCAGUACGCCAGGGGCCCCUGGAGAUGCAACUUAUGCUAGCCAAUUAUCUUUGGAAGUAGAUCCAGCUAAUUUUGCCAGAGAUGCCGUUGGAAGGCAAAGUAUGUCUGAAAAAAGACAUGCUUCAUUAGAUGCAAAAAAUACUGACACAUACCAGAGACAGAAGAAAGCAAGAGAGGAGAGAGAAAGACAGAAAAACACAUCAAGUGAGCAGCCAAACUCAAAUGAACAAUUAAUGAAUGGACACGCAAAUGGUGCUGUAAGAAAUAGGGAAUUUGUGUCAGGAAUGUUCCGUGCUGCCUCUGUGGAGUCCAUCAUAAGCAUGAACCGUUCUCAGGCUGGCUCAGAGUUGGACGCUAAGAAGGGUGAUAUUGGCCCAGGACUAGGAAUGAAAAAGUCGUCAAGCUUAGAAUCUCUUCAAACUAUGGUUCAAGAGAUCCAGAUGAUGGAGGACGGGGAAGUAGCUUACACUUACAGAGGUAAUCAAGGUCCCGUUAAAGUAAUACGAGGCCGAGGGUGCAACGAAAGCUUCAGAGCAGCCGUCGACAGGAGCUAUGAUGCUCCUUUGGGCGAAAUGAAGCCGAGAAUGGAAACCCCUGCUGCAAUACCGGCUAGGGAACACGUCUUCCUUCCUCCACUGCCUCCUCCUGCUAAGCCACGAGAACGAGCCAUAGAUGUAUUUUAUCCUUACGCAGUGUCUGAGGAAGAAGCCGAAGUUCAGCCAGCAGGUAACUUUGGCAGAGGAAGUGCCAGGCAGUCUUCUCUCAACUCUGCCUUAGACAACAAAUACAAGAAGGACGGCAAGAAAAAGGCAGGACUAUUCAAAGGCAUAGGAUCAAUGUUUAGGUUCGGAAAGCAUCGGAAGGGUCUUGAAAAUCCACUCCAAGGAGGGAAGCUAACUGAAGAAGCUGAAGAGGCAGACAAUCAGGAGAAGGAGCGGGAGGCAGCUAGGCAGGCAGCUCAGGAGGAGCAGCAGCGUAUUCGGGAGCAAUAUCAGCGGCUGGUGCAGCGACAGAAGCAAACCGAAAUGCAGCAACAGUUUGAGCAGAUGCAGAUGCAAGAUCAGGGUGUGACAUCAAGAACUGAUCGUAUCCACCAACUUCGGGCUCAGCACCAGAGGAGGCACGUUGAGCGCAGGGGGCAGUACCCACUGGACGAGAGGGAAGAAAGAUACGAGCAGGCCAUAAGACAGAAGCUUAAUUCCGAUGGUAUGCUUCAGCGCUUGGAAACACCCCCUCAACCAGAACACCACCCUGUGAUGCAGGUCACACAUCGGCGCAACCCGAGUUACGACCUGUAUGGCGAUCGUCCUGUCAGCCGAUCUGGCGAUCCCGCUCGCUACAGCCACUAUGUCAACUACGAAGAAAUCCAACAUCACUUAAGCAAGCGAACUGAGCAGCUUUCUGAGCAGCAGAUCGUACAGAUGAGGCAGCAGGUGCAGCUGCAGAGGGUCAAGGUCGAAGCCGAGGACGAGAGCCGCCGACAAAUGCAUUACCAUUCCCAGAGGAGAGAUCCUCGUGAAAUGGCUCAACAAAGGCCUGUUUCAAAUUUCUUCGAGUACGAAAGUGUGACUCGGGCUGGCCAACACACAAUGCUGCACCCCGUGCACCACCAUCAACAGCAGAUGCAUCCAGCGCAUAUGCUUAGAGACGCAAAUGCCAACUCCCUGCCUCGCAAGGAUCGUCCUGAUCCCAGAACUGAAUUCCAAACCCCAAAGCACAGAGGGCAAUUUGUGAACAUCCAGCCUCAUCAGCAAUAUCCUUCCCCGGACAAUAAUAACAUGAAUCCCAUGCAUUUUACCAAACAACACCAGCAGCAGCAGCGACUCCCCCCAGACUCUUAUGUGCCGGUGCAUCGAUCAACCGCCAGAAUUGCAAAUGGCUUUGCUAAAAUGCCUCCUGGCUCUAAAGUUUGACCAAAAGCCAAUCUGGCCAAUCUGUGAUUGAUAUAUAUGACAAACUUUCAAACUCCUCUUGUGCCUUCCUUCCUUGAUUUUAUUUUUAAAUCCACUAACAAGUGCCAGUGCAAUAAUUUUUGACAAAUUUUACUCAUUUGAUCAUAGCUCCAUAAGAGCAGCAAGUAUGGAAAUUGUCUGAUCAAUUACUCAUCUUAAAUAAAUUUAUGUUUCAUUGA